UUCUUGACUAAAAAUUAUGUUUUUAUUUUACAGACAACUGUGGAACAAUGAACAGCAGCAUGAGCAGCAGCUCCGCUGGUUCAGCAGCCUACAACAUGGACGAUAUUCUGAUUGUAACGGCCAAGCACAGUGAAAGGGCAAUAUUGAGAGCGAAUUUCUUGAAGAAUCAUUUCGAUAAAAUCACCAAACAACGUGGACGCAAACCUUUUAACUUUUUGCACAUCAAAAUCGAAGAUGGUCCCUUUAGUGAAGAAAUUGCUUAUAAAUAUCAAAAUACCGCCUUACAAAUUAUCAUUUUGUGUCCGGCUCUAUUGGCUCUAUCCCAUUCGCUGUUGAUGUCCCAGCUAUUAAGCAUCAUACGAGUUGAAAAAGUUUUGGGUAUUCUAUUGGAUGUUACUGAGGAAAAAGUCAAGGAAAUACAUAAGUCGGCUCUUCCCAACUACUUGAGAUGGCGUCGCUGUGUCAUACGCGACAAUGAUCAAGCUCAGAUAAGUAACAUUUUGGGUAUUGCCACGGAUAUUUUGGGCCGUGCCUUGUGUCAACGUCCGGUCUGUCAUGAUUCGGGUUCAAGUAUUUCUCGCAGUAUUUCCUCUUGCUCGGAUGGUUUUACAAUUCUCCCCAAGAAAGUUAAGAUUGGUCAGAAUAAAGUUGUGGCUAUGCUGAAUGAGGGGUUGGAAAAGGAUGAUAUGCUAAAAAUUGUUGUGGAAAAAUCAGGGGAAUUAAUUGAAAUACGUAAUUUCAAAUGUCGCAACCCCUAUACCGUGCAGUUCGCUAUACCAGAAUCCUGCAUGGAAAUUUCCACAAUGGUUGAGGUACGCAUCGAAAAGAAUCACAAAAGUUUGGGUGCCCGCCCAAUAAAAUGCGAAUCCCGUCUACGUGAAUUGGAACAGCUGUUGCGUACCGAAGAUUCCCCUAUCGAAUUUAUGUGUCAUGCUUUGGGUAUUGGCCCAACGGAGAAGGAUGAAUUGGAUUUACAUUUAUUACAAUCGUUCCAAAAGAAUAUGCCACCCAAUUUCCAUUUAUUGAAUGGUCCGUAUGAAAAGCAAUCACACUUCCUGACAAUGCGUGAAACUAGUCCUGAAGAAUAUCCCACCCUUUUGCAUUUUGCUGCACGUUGGGGUCUUAAUCGCUUGUGUAUGCAAUUGAUGGAAUGCCCGGGUGGUGACACUGCUUGUGGCAUAAGAAAUUGUGCUGGCAAGACACCGGCCGAGCUGGCUGAUAUGGAGGGACAUCAUAAAUUGGCACGCAAUAUAAUGAGCUUUUCCGAAUUCCAUGAACUCACCACAAUGUAUCAUUAUUUCAAGGGGUUGAGCACAAAUGAUACCAAGAGCCAGCAACAGGUGGCUUCAGGAGCAACGGCAUGUGGAAAGGCGGCUGGUAAUACAAAGGUAGUUAUUGAGGCUGUUAAAUCUCAUCCUGCAUCACCAAAGACCAAGCAGCCAAAAUCACCCAAAUCCCCCAAGGAACGUGAUUUACCAGCCGAUCAACAGGCCGAAUAUAUGGAAAUGUCAAGUGGUUCGGACAGGGAAAAUACACCAGAAACAAAACCAAAGCAGGAGAAGGAAACCAUGGCCAUAUCAAAUCUCAAUUACAUUAGUGUAGAGACAGAAGAGGAAAAUCUGCAAGGCUCUUCGGCUGAUGUGUGCAAAAAUUUCGAUUCCAAUAAGGUGGUUACGACACCCGAAAUCACAUCCAAUGAAUUGAAUAUUAGUGAACCUCCAUAUUAUGCAUCGAAGGAACAAAAUAAGGCUGCCUCGUCCUCCACCUCGAAAGAUGUCACCGAUGCUCCCAUCUAUCAAACUGAUAAAUUUAGCCAAGAAUGUUCCCAAUUGUUGGAGAAUUGUACCAGUACCGCUGCCAAUAAUGACUAUGUUUUGCAACCCUCAAAUGUACCAGUUCCACCAAUGCAGCAGCAGCACCAACAACAACCCAUUUCCCCCACCAAUACCGAUGAUGGUAAUUAUUUAUUCCAACCUUCAAAUCGUCCAGUUGAGGAAGAGUUCUUGCAUCAAUCGAGACAGAGUUUGAAUCGCAUGGGUUCCUCCACACGUUUGGCUCAUCAACCCACCUAUGGCACUUUGAAGCGCUCGGUGUCUGAUGCCUCUUCCUCGGCCAGAGCUAAUGUUGAUGAUGAAUUGGCCGAGAUAAUGCAUGACUUUAAAAAUAAUGUCCUGUCCAUUCGCGAGGUUGAGGUUUUGGUCGAAAAAUGGAAACAUCGCAAUGAUGUGCAACAAAGUUUCCGUGAAAAGCAAGAUCAAAUCGAUCAACUGAGAAGGGAAUAUGAACGUAUUCAGGAUCAAAUACGCCAUCAUUUGAAACGUGAAACACCAUUUGAAAAAAUCAAGAAAUUAUUCUCACGUCACAAGUCCACCUCGAAUUUGCAUCAUGAUAAAUCUUCAUGUGUUGACAGUGUUUUGGAUGAAACCAAAUCAUCGAUUACAACUUCUUCCAGUUUCAAAUCAUCUGCCAGACCUAUUAGCUCCUUGAGUUUACAAUCCGUGUCGUCAUCUUCGUCAUCGGGACGUUUGAGUACCGGCAGCAAUUGCAGUGGUACUUCACUGGGAGAUUCUGGUACCCAUUCCGAUCAUGAUGAACGCAGAUUUGGCUGCCGCCUAGCUUCACCGGGUAUGGACAACUAUUUGGUACCACCUACACCCAGACCGGUGUACACACCGAAUUCCACCCCUGGUGAUGAAAGACAUCAAAUUGUAUUCCCAUCCCCAAUGUCAUCGUGCACAAAACUCAACACACCCACCAGCCCCACAAGUUCCGAACAUUAUCAAAUGUUCCCCUCAAAUAUUCCCGUCUACAGCAGUCAGAACCUCUCCUCAUCAUCAUCGUGUAAUAAUUAUCUAAAUACAAUUAUGGAGGCUAAACAGGAACAGGAGCAUAACUAUCAAAAUGGUGUGACCCUGCAACCGAUCAAAUUAAACGAAAGAUCGAAUAUUAUUUAUGGCAAGCUAACCAAAUCGAAUCCCAAAUGUUCGUCCUUUAAACCAAAACAAGUGGCCAUACCCCAGGUGGGAAGUUUAGAAAUUCAGGCUGAGGUAUAUCAAAAUGUGGGUGCAAAUUUGGAACCCCCGAAGGAAGAGACUGAGAACGCCAAACCGGAGGAUCAGGUUGAUGGAGCCAAUGGUGAUGAUCACAAUUACAUGAAUUUUAAUAGCAAGAAUAAAAAGGUACGUGAUCUACCAGCCGAUCAACAGGUGGAUGAUAUUGAAAUGUCAAUGGGUCCGGAUCGUGAAAAUACUCUAGAAAGAAAACUAAAGCAAGAAAUGAAAACUAUGGCCGUAUCAAAUCCCAAUUACAUUUGUUUGGAUUCCGAGGAGGAACAACAUCGACGUGACAAUCUAAUGAAACUUGUAUCUGUCCAGACGUAA